AUGCACUUAUCGUUACCACUCAGACGGUUUCCGCUCAUAUAUCACUGCGGAACCCUCGUCCCUUCACCUUCAACCUACCUCAUCUUUCUUCCAAUCCUGGCCUCAUACGCCCACCUCGCGCAACAAGUCCUGUCGGCUUUGAACGGCAAUGUGGUCAACUCCACCGACGCGGACGCAGCGACGAAUGGGACCUCGGCGGCGGGCCUCAAUCUGGCCAGUUUCGCGAGUGUGAAAGACCUAUCGUCUUUGGUCGCCUUGCUUUUCUCCUUUGGCGCCCUCCGAGACUGGGUCAAGAUCCUGAUCUUCGGCAGUCUGCUGGAGACGUUACGUCGAGUGGCGUUUGCCACGUACUACAAAGCCAUCGCCUCCUUCUGGAUCACGGCGCGGUUCGAUGAGAACGAUAGCAGCUACGAUUGGAUGAUGGUAUGGCUGUCCAAGCAGCCGUCGUGGUCGAAAGCGCGCGAGGUUGAAAUCUCCACGAGAAGUUUUGGGCUGAACAGCAAUGCGGUCUUGAUCGAAGGAGAGGAAGACGAGAAGAACUUGUCGCAGCUCUCCACCCGCAGGCUCGCAUACCUGCCCUCCCCGUCAACAUCGUAUUCCAUGUGGUACCAUCACCGAUACAUGGCUAUCUCACGUGUGCAGUCUAAGACGGGAUACUAUGGGAAGACCGAGGACAGCCUCGAAAUCAGCAUCAUGGCCCGUUCGCACCGGGUUCUGAACGAGCUUCUCCUGGAAGCUAAAAAGCAGUACAUGGCGGCGGAGGAGCAGUUCAUCUCUGUCUAUAUCUCCGACUCGAGUAACAGCUGGCGCCAUGUGGCCUCGCGUCCCAAACGGAGCCUGAAUUCUAUCUUCCUGGACCCUGGUGUUGCUGAGCUUCUGGUUGAAGAUGCUCGCGAUUUCCUUGACAGCAAGUCCUGGUAUGCUGACAGAGGUAUUCCUUUUAGACGUGGGUAUCUGCUGUAUGGUGCCCCUGGUUCUGGCAAGACAUCAAUCAUCUCUAGCAUCGCUGGUGAACUGGGAUUGGAUGUCUACAUCGUGUCAUUGUCACGUGUGGGACUCGACGACUCGUCCCUGAGUGAACUGAUCUCCAACUUGCCUGAGAAGUGCAUCGCAUUGAUGGAGGAUAUCGAUGCAGCAUUCACGCAGAGCAUCACGAAUCGCGAUGCCGUCCAAAGUACGGAGAAUGAUUCUGAAGGAACCGAGGGCAAACCUCCUCCUCCCACGGCGGCGCCACCACCCACCACCAGUCGACUCAGUCUCAGUGGUCUGCUGAAUGCGAUAGAUGGGGUUUCAGCUCAGGAAGGACGUAUUCUCUAUGCGACGACAAACAAGUACCAGUCGCUUGACCCUGCUCUCUGCCGGCCGGGCAGGAUGGACAUUCACGUCGAGUUUCGGCUGGCCAGCAAGUACCAGGCGCGCAAGUUGUUCUACUCGUUCUACCUGCCUGAAGAACGCGACAAGUCCUCGAAGUCUUCCAAGUCUCCCAAGGCUGAUGAGAAAGCUGAGAAAGAAGGGGAAGCUGACGAUGACUCGGGCUACAACUCGACGUCCAACACCGAUGCAGAGGUCGAAUCGACUCCGUCUGAAGAUGGGUCCACUCCUGAUCCUGAAAAGCCUGUCUUCUUUGGCACAUCCCACCGUGAACACGCGCCCAAGCUGCAGAAGAAGCAGAUCACGCGGUUGGCCGAGCGAUUCGCCGAUGCGAUCCCUGAGAGAGAGUUGUCCAUGGCAGCCUUGCAGGGCUAUCUGAUGACACACAAAAUCCGCCCGCACCAGGCAGUGCAGGAUGCCGCGGCCUGGGUCAAUUCGGAGCGGGAGGCGAAGGCGAAGACCAAGACCAAGACUGACAACCAGGCUGCGAAAACUACUACUGAUGACAAAUCAUGAUUCCGGACUGCUCAGCACUCGCAAUGUGUACUACAAUGUAUACCUGUAUCAUAGCAUAUGAGACAUUUGCCUACCAACGAUGAUGACGCCCGAAAU